CUGUUCCUUCAGACCAUCCGCUUUAUAUUCUGUAUACUUCUGGAACAACAGGCUUCCCCAAGGAUUUUAUCAGACCAACAGAUGGCUAUGCAGUAAUGCUGAACUGGACAAUCUCAGCUGUAUAUGGACUCAAACCUGGUGAGGUGUGCUGGGCAGCUUCUGAUUUAGGCUGGGUAGUUGGCCAUUCCUACAUUUGCUAUGGGCCUCUCCUUCAUGGGACUCCUACAGUUUUUGGGAAGCCUGUGGGAAUGCCAGAUGCUGGUGCCUGUUUCUGCGUGCUAGCAGAGCAUGAAGUAGCUGCCCUCUUUACUUCACCAACUGCAAUUAGAGCAAUCCGUCAGCAGGACCCUGAGGCAGCCCUGGGAAAGCAGUACUCUCUGAAAAGGUUCAGAAUGUUGUUUGUAGCUGGUGAGAACUGUGAUGUGGACACACUAGAAUGGUCCAAAAAAGUCUUCAAGGUACCUGUCUUAGACCACUGGUGGCAAACUGAAUCUGGUUCUGCAAUUACCACUUCCUGUAUUGGUCUGGGAAACUCUACAACGCCUCCACCUGGACAAGCAGGAAAACCAGGAUACAAUGUGAUGAUUCUGGAUGAAAAUAAUGAAACAGUGAAGACGAGGACUUUAGGAAAUAUUGUGGUAAAGUUGCCUUUGCCUCCUGGAUCGUUCUCAGGACUUUGGGAAAAUCAGGAAACAUUCCAGAAGUUGUAUUUCCAAAAAUUUCCAGGAUAUUAUGAUACUAUGGAUGCAGGUUAUAUGGAUGAAGAUGGCUAUUUAUAUGUCCUGUCUCGAGCUGAUGACGUGAUCAGUAUUGCGGGACACAGAAUUUCAGCAGGCACAAUUGAAGAGUGUGUUCUGUUCCAUCAUGCUGUGGCAGACUGUGCUGUUGUAGGCCAGGAGGAUGCAUUAAAAGGGCACGUUCCCUUUGCCCUGUGCGUACUCAGAGAAGAUAUAAAGACAGAAGAGGGGAAGAUUUUGGAAGAGAUUAUUGAGAGUGUUCGAAAUAACAUUGGUCCAGUGGCAGCUUUUCAGAAGGGGGUGUUUGUGAAACAGCUACUAAAAACGCGCUCUGGCAAGAUACUACGUUCAGCUCUUUCUGCACUAGUCAGUGGAAAGCCUUUUCAGAUAACACCAACCAUUGAAGAUGCUAAUGUGUUUAAACACAUAGAAGAAGUGCUGAAGAAAGAAUCAAUGGGUAAUAGGUUAGUAAAAGUGUCAGUUACUGAAAUAUAG